AUGGCACGUCCCAACUCUUUGCAGAUGUUUGCAAGUUCACCCCCUACCCUGCCAUUCACCUCUGUACCAUCCUCCACAGCCACCUCCCCGUCACCCAAUGCACCAACUCCGGCUUCGACCCCUGCGCCGCCGACGGGGACCUCCCCUUCGGCUUCGCAAAUUUCUGUUGCCUCACACCCUUCCUACAUUCAACGGCACUUUCGCAGACGCUUACAGGCAUCGAAACAAGCGUGCGACACCGAACUGAAAAAGGUUAUACAUGCGGUAACCGCGUACGUGGAACAUUCCUUGCGAGCGCAGCAAGAGGCGGAAUGGGAGGAAGAGGAAGAGGCUCGCUUGCACGAACGGGACGAUUUACUCGCGGUCGAGAGCACGAGUGACGAUGCUGGCGAUGAGAGCGAUGCUGGUGGGGGCGUUCGCAGGAAGAAGAAGGUUUCCAACACCCAUCGACACAGGCGGAGCUUCAUGCUCUCUUCAGGGACCAAGCUUCCACCCAUGGGUGCCUCGACUGCGCUGGCCAUUCCAGGCACCUCAGCCACGCAUCCUAUUCAGGCAGCGCCACAGGCUGGUGGACCGUCAACCAGCCCUGUUCGCAUGUCCGCGUCGUCUUCACCGACCUCGACGUGGAACAGAACCUCAAAUAUUGUGGUUCGACGAGCCUCUCGAUCCCGUCGAUAUACUUUAUCUCCACCUCUGCCUGCGACUGUUCCCGGUAACGUUCCUCCGCCUCUCGCGCUGCAGCCUGCGCCUCUGCCUGGUGCAACUGUUCCCCUCCCCCCAUCACUGGCCCCUUCUCGCGCAUCGUCUCGCUCCCGUUCUCGGUCUCCUCUUCCUGCUGCAACCGCCCGCGCACGCUCUCCAAUCGGAUCGCCUACAAGUGAGCUGCCCCAGUCCGAUUCCAGUCCAGCAGCAAAAUUGGAUUUUAUUUCCACUUUGCGCGAUCUCGUAUCGCUCUCGACCACACUUGUAGAGAUGCCUUUGUCUACCUUGACUUCCCCCAGCUCGCCCCAUGCUCUGUCGGAGAUCGUACAAAACGUGCAGGCCCUUGGAAAAGCAUGGGACUUGCGGCCCGAUUGGCACGGACGCGGCUGGUACGUGCAAGUCCUGCUUGCAGUCGCGAGUUUGAGCCGCGUUGUGGAAUGGUGGCAAGCUGAGCGUGAGUUCUGGCAUUUUGGGGAAGAGGGCGAAGAUGAAGACGAGGGUGAGGUGGAAGGCAUGACUUUCGUCCUCAAGCCUGCCGAUGAUGAGGCUGGCCGUGGCGGUAGCUCGAGCGGUGGUGAGGAGUCUACCGACAGAGAAAGGGAUCACGAGAAGCACGAGGUGGAAGAAAGAAGCUUCUUUGAUCGCGAGAGGACGGUUGUUCCGGACGACAAGAUCCCCUCACCCUUGAAGAUCACACCUCCGAAAGAGCGGGACGAUCCUCUCUCCGGCACGCACUUGGUGCCGAGUGCGCCGUCCCCUAUCAAGGACUUACCUAGUCGCGAACCACCGCUGCAUGUCGAGAUCAGCCGUACGAAAGCGAACGAGAACCUCCGCACCUCCGCCGAAAAGGCAAUGAAUGAGCAGGUCGUUAUGGAGAUCGGGUUGGAUGGUGAGCGGAUCUUAUGGGUCAGCCCGAGUUGGGAGAGAGUUGUAGGUGGACCUGCCGACAAUGUCGCUGGCACGAGCAUCGUUUCGCUGCUUGCCCCCGCAGAUCAAAACGUGUUCGUCCAAGCUACGCACCACCUGGAAGUAGAGGACCCACUUACGAUUGAGGCAAAAUUCCUCAUGCUCAUUAAUCCGCCUACCCGUCCCGCCCCGGAAGGUCUGCCAUCUCCUCAAGACAACGGCCGGCCGUAUUUCAUCGAGAUGGACGCCAGAGGGAUGCUCGUCAAGGAUCGCAUCGGUGGUGAAGCCAGCCACACACUCUGGCUGUUCCGUCCUCUGCCGACUGCUUCGCCUAUUUCCCCUAGUGCUUCCCAGCUUCAGCAAGAUCAGUAUGAGCCAAUGGUUACCGGUCUGGGAGUAACCGGUGAACAGGAAGUCUCUGUUGCAUUCCACGAACGGGGCAAGAUGGAGCCCGUCACCCCUUUCCCCUUCCAACGACCCAUCAACACCAGUACCAUUCUUUGCCGGAUAUGUGAGCUGCAAGUUCCUGAUUGGUUCUUCGAGAAGCACAACGAGACGUGCAACGAAGUCCACAAGCUCGAAGCAGAUAUUGUCGAGUGCGACGACAGUCUCCAAGAGCUCGUUAACACUAUCGCGCAGAUGGUCGUUUCGAUCGACAGACUCGGGCAGGCCAGCCCUGUUCCCGGACAAACUGGUGCUGUCCCACCAGCUCAACCAUCUGUACCUAUGAGGGACCCGUUACCAGAAUAUCGGGGCGUGUCCCUCUUUACACCAGGCACUGCACCAAGCAGUCCCCUUCAAAGCGGUGGUCUUCGUACCAGCGCUUCCGCACGUUUGCAACGUGUGACAGUUCGCAAAAUGCAGCGGAAGCUGUUGGAGGACUUGCAAGAGAUUCUCCAAGCCGCGCGCGAAAUCGAUAUGCCCGCCGUUAACGAGGACGCCCCUAACGUGCCUCUCGAACGCCGGCCGUUCCUGACACCCCAAAGUGAGGAGCGGGUCGCACUGGUUAACAAGUGGCAGAAACCGCAAACUGACGACCCCGCCCUUGCCCAGCUUGUCCAAGAUGCUGAGACACUGAUGCGCACAAAAGUCGAGUACGUCAGGAGAAUGAUCAAUACUCUCAUUUACUCGGAAAAAGUGAGGCACGAGUGGGAGGAGAAAGUUGAACAGACGCUGCAGGAACUUGAGUCACAGGAGGGAGACGAUGCCGAUAGCGAGCCCUCUGACAGUGGUCAUGAAGAAGGUGAAACACCGGCCGCCCCGUCGACCGAACAACCCACGGUAGUUGCGCCUUCCCCAAUUCCGUUCGAAGCCGCUCCUGCGUCAUCCCUUGCCGCACUUCCAGCUCAGACUUCUAUCAACUUCGUUCCGGUUCCUUCUCCAGCCUCACUCUCACCAUCACCACCAGCCAGCCUUUCAAGUCUCUCAUCUCCAUACUUGCCUGUUUCUGUGUUACAAUCCGCUUCUCCCCACCCCAUCUCACCGCUCACGACAUCCCCGUUGGUUCCAUCACCACUAGCUUUCACCACUCCUAUUUUGGCUCACCGUGAGUCUGACGAGCACCAUUCGUCAGAGGUAGCAUCGUCAGCUUCUGCGGAUGCACAAUCCUCAUUACAGAUGACCUUAGGGUCCCCUGCCGCCGUACCACCCACAGUAUCUUCUAUCCAAGCCCGUCGAACAGCGGUCAAUGCAUUGGCGGAGCCUACUGUCAUGGUCACACCACCGUUUUCGCCUGCGCUUCCGGCCACAGCGCCUUCUUCAAUAACACUUCCACCGGCCAACAUGACCGCAUCGCAAUCGAGCAUUUCGAGCAAGCAUAACCGCCGCUUAUCAACAGCGUUGCCGUUCAGCCCUGCCAUGAGCGCAGGGCCUCUCUCCCCUCGCAUUCCAUCCAUUGCCCCUACUUCUAAGACCACACCUUCCUCUAUUCGGGAUUUCGAGAUCAUCAAGCCUAUUUCCAAAGGUGCCUUCGGAUCAGUGUAUCUGGCCAAAAAGAAGACCACCGGCGACUACUAUGCCAUCAAAGUAUUGAAGAAAGCAGACAUGAUAGCCAAGAAUCAGGUCACAAACGUGAAAGCGGAGAGGACGAUUCUCAUGCAGCAAGCGGAUUCGCCCUUCGUCGUCAAGCUUUUCUUCACAUUCCAGAACAAGGACUAUCUUUAUCUUGUGAUGGAAUAUCUUAACGGAGGAGACUGUGCAGCGCUGAUCAAAACCAUUGGCGCUCUUCCUGAAGAUUGGGCGAAGACGUACGUGGCGGAGGUGAUACUCGGCCUGGAAAAUAUCCACGCUCGAGGCAUCGUUCAUCGUGACCUGAAACCGGACAAUUUGCUCAUUGAUGCCCGCGGACAUCUCAAACUGACCGAUUUUGGUUUGAGCCGCAUUGGUCUAUUUGGCCGCCAAGCUCGUGAUGGACGUGCUUUCGCUUACCGAAGGGGAUCUGGAAACCACCGUGGCAGAGUGCCUCGCAGCGGAUUUCCGUCCCGUCAGGGGUCCAUAGACUCCGGUGUCGCAUCUCCGUCACCUGAGGUCGCUGUGGAGACCCCGAACUCCUUUGCGCCAUCAUCCUAUUUCACACGUGGCUUGUCACCAUCGCAUCUGUCCACCAGUGUUGACGAUGUGAGUGAGUCCAGCGGAUCAGAGAGCAUAUCAGGAAUGUUCCAACGAGGAUUGGCUUUGGCAUCCGAAAGUCCGCAGCAGUCUUUCGCGUCCGAGCUCACCAGCGACCUGAGGUCUUACAAUACUGGAGGCACGACACCACCUGGCGAACAAAAGUUCGUGGGGACACCAGACUACCUUGCCCCCGAAACGAUUUUGGCUACAAGCGAGGAUGAUAGAUCUGUCGACUGGUGGGCACUCGGCGUUGUAACUUAUGAAUUUUUAUACGGUUUUCCUCCCUUCCACGCCGACAGCCCUUCACAAGUGUUCGACAACAUCAUUUCUCGUCGCAUUGACUGGUUCGACGAGCACGUUGAUUUCAGCAAGGACGCCAGAGACUUCAUGGAGCGGCUUAUGUGUACGGACCCAACCAGGCGACUGGGUUUCAAAGGUGCCCAGGAAGUCAAAGCACAUCCCUGGUUAAGCGAUAUUGACUGGGAGCACCUGACCAGCAAGACCGCUCAGUUCGUGCCUCAAAUAACCGAUCCGGAGUCAACCGAUUAUUUCGAUCCCCGCGGAGCGCACUUACUGCUCUUCCAAGAAGAGGAGCCGCUACAGGUGGCUGAGUCAUCGAACAGUAGUCCUCGUGCCGAACGUCUUUCUCUACGGCCAGGAUCUACCCAUCCAAUGGAUACGCCAGAUCCGGGGCUGUCACCUGCCAUCGACGACUUCGGAGCCUUCAGCUUCAAGAACUUGCCAGUUCUGAAGCAGGCCAAUGACGAUGUCAUCAAGAAACUCAAGGCAGAGAGCCCAUUGCAGGGUCCAGGAAGUCUUCCCUUGAUGUCCUUGCAUGGCCGACGAAGCAGCAUCUCACAGAGGUUUCGUAACAAGCAGACUCUGGGAAUGGGAAUCACCGUCGAUGGCAAAGGCAUCACCAGCCCACCGUCUCCUUCCACUUCCACUUCGUCCAUUGCAUCCACUCCCUCACGGGCGAACUUCCCGCCUCUCACCCUAGGCGGUAGUCCUGGACAUGUACGGAGGCCAUCAGAGCACGGUGUGUUGGAUCGUUUCAAAACUCAGCACGAAGAUGGCAUCAGACGCAACUCGAUGCCCAGCCGUCUGCGCACCGCAUCUGUUUCCAGUGGUGGAGAUCAUACCUCAGGCACAGAAGGCACUAGUUCGUGGCAGCCUGCCCCCAUGGAAGUUGGUACUCCAGCCACUUCUGUUGGCUCGCACGAGAUGCGGCGCGGGAGUGACCCGAAGAUUGACCGCACGAUAGUCUGCUUGCUAGCCGAAGACAACGUCAUCUCUCAGAAGGUUCAGGAGAUUCUCUUGACGCGGCUUGGGUGUCGUUGCGUCCUCGUGUCUGAUGGUUAUGAGGCCAUACUGGCUGCCUGCGGCGAAAUUCAAUUUGACUGUAUUUUGAUGGACUAUCAGAUGCCUAUCCUCGACGGUGAACUCGCCACAAGAUUCAUCAAGGGCACCAAUAACAGGAACAAGAUGACUCCUGUCAUCGCCGUCAGCGCAUAUAGUGCGCUUGAUCCGUCUAUCAACGCUGAUCUCUUUGCCGGCUCCUUGUCGAAGCCUGUUCAGCGUGACGCGCUCCUUGCGGUCAUGAAGAAACUCGGUUUCAAGGUGACGACGGAGACUCUUGGCUCCAAACAGACCCGGAGAGUUGUCGUAAAAUGAUUCUUCUCGCUUGUAUCUGCAAUAUGCCAGGUUUGUGUUUGUUCUCCGAUUGACUACCCUUCCACUUUCCUUCUGAUGACCUCUCCCCGGUAUUUCCCCCCUUCAUGCACACAUGCCCUUUCCCGCCACCCGCACUUCCUGUAGUUUUGUCACCGCAAUGUACCAUAGGACCCCCACACAAUACAUA